AUGGCUGCCGGUAUAUUAUGCAUCUUCGCUUGCCUAAUUCUUUGGAAUGUUUGUCUUGGAGCAGAUAAUUUUGCAGAUGAAAGAAGAUUUCUCCACCUUCAAUGUGCUUCUAUUUCUAAGACUACAGCCAAAUGCUCUCAUCUGAACCUCACUUCUGUACCCCAAUCUCUACCAAAUACCUUAGAAAUACUGGACCUGUCAUUUAACAAUCUCACAGCACUUCACAAUGCAUCAUUUGAAAAGUACGACCUUCUUCGGAUUCUGAAUAUCGCUCACAAUUUCAUCCACGUCAUCGAGAGCGGAUCUUUUGCAAAUCUCCGGGAAAUUGAGACAAUCAUUUUGAAUAACAACGUCAUUCACGAACUGUCUGCAACUUUUCACAUGAACGAUUCAAAACAAAUAACUUUGAUUCUGUCUCAUAAUGAAAUGAGGGGAAUCGCCCAUCUGAAUGGACUCUGUUUUACAGAGACAAAGAAAGAGAAUACUGGAGAUUCAGGGUCGAGAAAUAUAACCCUGAUUGAUUUCUCACACAACAAUUUGACAUCAGUUGAAGAAAAAGACUUUGCCUCUUUCAGUAACUGCUCUAUUUAUAAAUUCAAAAUUGGGAAUAAUAAGCUGACACGUCUUCCAAUGAAUGUGUUUUCUGGAUUAUCUAGGGUGAGAAAACUUGAUGUGAGCCAUAUAAACCUUCAACAGUUUGAAGUUUCUUCCUUCUUAGGAAUUGAAAGUAUAAUAGAGAUUACAUUGGAAGGAUCACACAUAAGGUCUAUUGUACCGUUGAAUGACUCCGCUUGCAUCUCAAGUGGACAAUUCACUAAACUUGAAAUAUUAAAUCUGAGAGACAACAAAAUAGAACAAGUUCCUGACUACACAUUCUUGGCAUUCAAGUACCUAGAGAUCCUUGAUCUGGGUACAAACAGAAUAAGUUUUAUAUCAAACAAAUCUUUCUGUGAAAUGAGAAAGUUAAGGGUAUUGAGUUUGCCAAGAAACAAAAUCAAAAGUCUCCAGGAUGGUGCUUUUUCUUGUCUUGGAAAUUUAGAAUACAUCACAUUGGCACAGAACAACUUGUUUAUCUUGGAACCAGCUUGGUUUGCUCAUUGUAAAUCACUCAAAAUUCUGAAUCUUUUUCGGAGCAACAUCAAUGAAAUUAAAGAUGGUUCCUGGAUCACACCCAAUUUACGGAUACUUGACUUAUCAUACAACAAGCUCAGUUCUAUUGGAAGACUCAUGUUUACAGGUCUAUCUCAUUUACGCAUUCUGAAAUUAACGGGAAAUAACCAACUCUACACCAUCAAAGGUGAUACCUUCAGUAAUAUGACGGCUCUCAGAUCUCUUGAAAUGGACAACAUAGCCAGGCUAGUUCUGAAUGACACUUUUGCUGAGUUAAGAAGCCUAAUCUACUUGGACUUUUCUUUCCUUUACUCCCAUGGGGCACAAAUUGCCUCUGUACACCAAUUUACACACACCUCUGCAUUACAAACAUUAAAUAUGUCAUUCUGUUUUAUCCAUUCUCAUGAUUUGGUGAACACUAAAACAAAAGGAUCACUUUUUGAUGGGCUAACAUCCCUUCGCACUCUUCGAAUGGUAGGAAAUAAUCUUGUUGGUUUGCCCAAUGUCUCUUGGAUGUUUUCUCCCCUACAGCGAAUGGAAAUCCUUGAUUUAGGCCAUUGUCAACUGCAUUCACUGACAUCAGAGUUAUUUAAGAACCUGAGUAGCCUACAAGAACUCAGACUCACUAACAACGAGCUGGUGGACAUAUCUGAACAUGCAUUCCAGAAUUUGCACAAUUUGCAUAAUCUUCUUCUCCAAUUCAACAAAAUAAACUCAAUAGGUAAAAACUUGUUUAAAGAAACCGCUAAUCUACGACGGCUGCUCCUAAAUAGCAACCAGAUAUCUAUGGUAGCACCUAAUACAAUAAUACCAUCACACUUGAAAGUGUUUAACAUUGCAGGAAACCAACUGAUCUGCAACUGUCAACUAACUUGGUUCAUGCAGUGGCUCCGUUCUACAAAUGUCUCGUUGGGACCACAGAAUGAAACAUUGUGUUCCAUUCAUUCAUUCAGUGAACUUAAGAACAAGCCAGUUUGGACAUUUCAUCCAGAAAAAUACUGUGGAAUCAACACCCUCCUACUUACUGGUGUUAGUUUUGCAAUCAUUGCAGUCUCCCUACUCUGUCUUCUGGUCUAUUACAAGCGCUGGUGGUUCGACCACAAGAUAUUCCUUCUGAAACUAGCCAUCAUUGGCUAUGAUGAAAUCACAGAGGAUGCUGAUCCAGAUGACUAUGAAUACCAGCUUAACAUCAUGUUCCAUGACGAUGACACCGAGUGGGUUAAUGAAAAUAUGAGGCCUGCACUGGAAGAAAGGAUGCCUCAUCUGCAGAACAUUGCCUUCGGAGAUGAAGCCCUUCAUCCAGGGAUGUACUAUCUCAAUGCCUUAAAUCAUAACCUUGAUAACAGCUUCAAGACAGCCUUGUUGAUCAGUAACAAGUCAGUGGGUGAUGCUUGGUUCAUGACCAAGCUACGGAUGGCCGUUGAGCAUGUGAAUGACACCAAGUUAGACAAGAUCAUCUUGAUAUUCCUAGAGGACAUCAAGCAAGCCAACUUACCAUAUCUUGUAAGACUCUUGCUAAGUAGGAACAAACCUUAUUUGUUGGUUACAGAAGAUGAAGAUGGUCAAGAGUUGUUCUGGGCUCAGUUUGAAAAAGAAAUGAGGACCAACAAGGUUCUCAACAGUGUUAUUCCAACUUAA